CCGCCGCCCCGCGGGCCGGAGGACGCCAGCCACCCUCGGCGGCAAGCGGCAGAUCCCGAGCGUUAGGAGAAAGCUGCGCUUCGAGACUCGAUGCGUCAGCAUUUGCGGGGCACAGCGCUGCUCGCGGAGCACAUGGUCGGCUCUCGGGGGGAAAAUGCCUGCACCCCAGGGGGGCGGCCGCUGCUCCGUGCAGUUAAAUUGUGAGCUACCCCGGGGAGUCACUGCGAGAGUGGGCCAUCUCCUGCAAGCAGGGCGACAUCUGGACAGUUGAAUGGCAUUAAUGACAAGAAACGCCCCCAACUUGAUGUUUUGACUCUGCUGUCUGGACUCGCAAGGCUUGGACCGACCCUAAAGCCUGUGGCCCCGAAGACGUGGGCUUUCGGAUAGCCCAUGUGCAGGCGCUGCACCCCCACACCUAUCCAGGAAAAAUAAGGACUUCUGGCGUGGUUGUUGCCAAUCUGACCGUUCUCUACAAGGCGGGGCUGGGAAAGAAGCCGAGGGAGCUUGGAGAAGCGUCCUGAGUUGCCAUGGAAACAAAGCCCGACGGCAGAGGUCGCCCUGGCCUAAAGGAGUCCGUUGAAAUUUGCCCUCAGGGAUUACUGGUGUUCACGGGAUCUUCAGAACAGGACUCCAGCUUGGCCAAGCAGUUCUGGGUGGCCGCGUCGAUGUAUCCCACCAACGAAUCUCAGUUGGUGCUGUCCAGAGGUAGCAGUCAGCGUCUGCGGGUGGCCAGGGCCUCCAGGGGCGGUGCAACUGAGAGUCCAGACAUCACUGCUGAAACCCUAAAGACUCAGCAAUCUGAGGACAAAGAAAAGUAUCUCCAAAAGAAUACAUAUGACAGAACUGAGAAUGGAUUGGAAGUGGCCAGAGCGGAAGUGGGCGAACCAGAGUGGAAGCCAUUGCUAUCAUCCAGCUGGGAGGUGAUGGCUAAAAGGAGAGAUGAGAUUCUCCAACUCUUAAGAAAACAAAGAGAAGAAAGGAUCUCGAAAGAGCUGGUUUCCCUUCCUUACAAGCCAAAGGCCAAAGGACACAAAGCAAAGAAAGUGAUACCAGAGUCAGACAAGGAAGACCAACAGGAGGUCAAAGCCUUGGACUAACUUGAUGGACAAAUGGGAGAGGAUGGCUCACAUAGAUCUUUACUUUUGAAACAACCUUCUCUUAAGUCAGGAUCAUUCGGAUCACCUUGCUAAGAUAGACAAAGAAAUAAAAGUUAAAUGCACAGGCUUCUAGGGAUGUUACCAGUUAUUGAAA